AUGAACAAGCUGCGGCAGAGCCUGCGGCGGAAGAAGCCGGCCUACGUGCCCGAGGCCAGCCGGCCCCACCAGUGGCAGGCCGACGAGGAGGCUGUGCGCCGGGGCAAGUGCAGCUUCCCCGUGCGGUACCUGGGCCACGCGGAGGUGGAAGAGUCCCGGGGGAUGCACGUGUGCGAAGAGGCCGUGAAGAAGCUGAAAACAAGCGGGCGCAAGUCGGUGAAGUCGGUUCUGUGGGUGUCGGCCGACGGGCUGCGGGUCGUGGACGACAAAACAAAGGAUCUCAUCGUCGACCAGACCAUUGAGAAGGUUUCGUUCUGCGCCCCCGACCGCAACUUCGACAAGGCCUUUUCCUACAUCUGCCGCGACGGCACCACGCGCCGCUGGAUCUGCCACUGCUUCCUGGCCCUCAAGGACUCGGGCGAGCGCCUGAGCCACGCCGUGGGCUGCGCCUUCGCCGCCUGCCUGGAGCGUAAGCAGAAGCGGGAGAAGGAGUGUGGGGUGACGGCCUCCUUCGACGCCAACCGCACCAGCUUCGCCCGCGAGGGCUCCUUCCGCGCCCCGGCCGCCAGCCAGCCCGCCCAGCGCCAGCUCGUGCUGCGCCAGCUGCAGGACAGGAAGAAAGCGGAGGCCGCCCCAGCCGCCGCCCCCUCGGCGCCCCCCGGCCCCGCCCAGCCGGGCAGCGUCUCCCCGCCGCAGGGGGCCACGUCGCCGGCGGAGAAGGGGGAGGGGGGCCCCCAGCGCGCCAUCCCGCGCCGCCACGCGCCCCUGGAGCAGCUGGUCCGGCAGGGCUCCUUCCGCGGCUUCCCCGCCCUCAGCCAGAGGAACUCGCCCUUCAAACGCCAGCUCUCACUGCGGCUCAGCGACCUGCCCUCCACCCUGCAGCGCAAGGGGGACUGCCCGCCCGGGGGCGCCGUGCCGGAGCUGGAGUCGACCCCGACCGGUGACAGCGACGGGAUCAGCGCCCUCUGCAGCCAGAUCGACGCCUCCUUCGCUCGCCCGCCCGCCGACCCCUUCAGCCCCAUGGCCGCCGACGGCACCGCCUCCCCCCCCGCAGGGCUCCCCCAAGGGCCGGCCGCCUGGGGAGAGCCCGGGGCGGGGGGCCCCCGCAGGCCCCCCCCGUUCCAGCCCGGACACAAGAGGACCCCGUCGGAGGCCGAGCGCUGGCUGGAGGAGGUGGCCCAGACGGCCAAGGCGCAGCAGGUGGCCGUGCCCACGGCCCUGCCUGCCACGCUGCCCCCCUACCCCGUGAGCUACGACGCCGCGCCCGCCCCCGUGGGCAUGUUCCUGCCGCCCCACAUGCAGCCAGCCUACGUGCCCGUGGGGGCCUACCCGCCGGCCGGGCCCUUCGCGGCCCCCAGCGUCCCUGUGGUGGGCAUCACCCCCUCCCAGAUGGUGGCCAACGUCUUCUGCUCCGCCGCCCAGCUGCCGCCCUCGAACUUGGGGGGCAAGGCCAGCCCCUUCCCCCCUGCUCUGCUGGGCCCCACGCUGCCCCCUCCCCCCCAGGCCCGACACAAGUCCGGCAGCGCUGCCCCCUGGCCCCCGGAGUCGGGCCAGCCGGGGGCCAUGGCCCCCCCGCUCGCCACCGCCCGCCCCGGGCCCAAGCCGGACCCCUUUGAGGCUCAGUGGGCGGCGCUGGGGGCCAAGCCCCCCGGGGGGGCCGACCCGGUGAACCCCUUCGCCGGAGACCUGCAGAAAACCUUUGAGAUCGAGCUCUGA